UUGGCACCACGAUAAGGUAAGUUUAUGAAAGCGCUAACUUAUUUCCUGUUUUUUUACUAUUAUUUUAAUUUAAUACAUUUGUGUUACUGUUAGAUUCGAUAUUUAUACGAAACCAUGGAAGAUCAUUCAAUAUAUGUAUUUGCAAGUGAAUUGAAAGUACCAAUUCUUGAAAAUUAUUGUUAUAUCGCGAAAAUUUACUAUAUAUUACUCAAGUAAAUAGAUAAUAAAUCGAAACAUUCUUUCAUAUUAUUUUGUUCGAAAGAAUAAAUUUUCUCUUCAAAACAAUUGUGUUAAUAGAUCAGAUUGAUUAGUUCGCUAUCGAUGAUAAUUUUUGGUUUGGUAAGUACAUGAAUCUAUAAUCAGUUUGCAUUGUAUAUAAAACAAUUUACAUACUUGAGAUUGCAAGUAAUGCGGACGGCCUUAUCAUAUUUCAUGACAUUCCUAUCGCUUAAAAACUAAUUACUCCCGUAAAUUGAUUAGUACUAAUAAAUUCCCGAACUUAAACCCUUGCUUAAUUCUCUAAUGAAAUUUUUACACGAUCUUGAGUAUGUUUCUGCUUAAGGCUGCUUUACAUUCUGUUUGUUACACACACAGCGAUACGCUUAGAAACCGACUAUACUUGCAUUUAUAGAGGGUCGCGGUUGAAGCUGAAAAUUAUAAGCCUUAAGAAAGCGACUAAUUAAUAAAGCAACAAAAUAGAAAAAUAUACCUAUUUCCAUUCACUAUUAUUACUAGCAGACAUAGUGUCUUUACUAUACAUCACGCUGAAGAAAAUAUGCGACAAACUUGUUCGAGAAAUGAUAAUGAAAGGGAACGUCAGUUUAAUUUUAAGACAGUUAUAUUGCUACGAUGGAAACAGUUAAUCUGUGCUGACAUUCCCUAACAUUAUACAAUAUCAUAUCUUUUGAGAAGACGAAGUUACAACAAAGGAUCAAAGAAAUGGCAUAUGUUAUUUGUAUGGCAACCCUCAGGCAGAAUGCAGGAUACCAUGCUGGUGCAUGUCACGCGAGAAUAUAAUAUUAAUAAGAUAUUUUUGACAUACUUGGGCAUUUGGCCGUCCCAAAAUAGACUUGUGAGAAAUUUCUUACCUAUCUUGUAUAUCGCGCUCGAAAUAAGCUACGCUCCGUUCGAGAUGUUAAUGUUGUACGAUUAUCGGCACGACGCGCAAAUGGUUUUUGAAAGUUGCUAUCAAUUCGUCAUAACAGUCGCCUUUAUCGUAAGACUGUGGAAUGCGUUUUGGAAUCGCGACAAGUUCCGAGUUUUGUACGAAGCUAUAAACGAUCAUUGGAAUAUAUUCACAAACAAAUUAGAAGUUCAAACUCUGAAGGAUUAUUCCGCCAUAUCGCGGAACUUUACGAUAUUUUACUCGACCAUGAUGUACCUUUUCGGUGGAAUGUUUAUCAUUUCGCCGUUAACACCGAUAUUCUUAGAUGUCGUUUUGCCUCUUAACGAGUCGCGCCCACGAUUUUUCGCGAUAGAGGUUGAUUUUAGAGUAGAUACGGAUGAGUACUUUGUGCCAAUUACUUGUUACAUCACAGCUUUUUGUGUGGUGGGCGUAAGUAUUAUGGUGGCUGUCGACACGAUGCAUUUUUCAUGCACCACUCAUGCUUGCAGCUUAUUUUCGAUCAUUGGGUAAGUGUG